GGACAAUUAAAGUAAUUUUUACAGAAAUAUAUCAAUUCUGAGAGUUACUUAAACAUGUCAUGUAUAAUUCAGCGUAGUGCUUGGAGUUUCAGUGUAAUUGUGUGUCCUCAUAUUCAUGUGUAAAUGUAACUGUAAUAACUCUAGUAAAAAAUACUUGACAAUCAUGACAAUUAAGCUACUACAGCUACUACUUACUAAAUUCAAGUAAAAUGUUGCCUGUAGAACGUCGUGGUGUGACGUCAGAGUUUGGACAUUCCUCAACAGGAUGUCUGGCUGGCAGCCAGGUGAACUUGAGAUGAGGUGGUGGUCGGAGACGAAACUCCUCGUAGGCUACAUAUCCUACUAUCCCGUACGUUGAUGGUCAUCGGUCCCUUCCCUUCCUGAGACGCUAACCCUAGUGUGGACAUUCACCACGGUUAAGGAAGAGCUGGACAUUUUUACCUUCAUGAGGCACCCAAUUAAAGUGUUUUCCUGCCUGCUCAGAUGUCCACCCCUGCAAAGCUAAGGGUCAUCUUUGAUGAUCAUACAGUCCACAAAUUGGUUCUUCCAUCAGGUAUCCCCGGUACUCUACAGGAUCUCAAGCUAGUCAUCCAGAGCACAUUCUGCACACCAGAUGGCUUUACUCUAAUGUAUCAAGAUGAAGAAUUUGGGGGGCAGUUCUUCACAUUGACCUCUAUAGAAGAUGUUCAAGACAAGGGUACCCUGAAAGUUGUUCAAGUUGAACCAGUCAUUUUAGAUCUCAGUGCAGUGGAAGAAAAGGAUGAUAACUUAACAGAAUCAGACAGCAUGUCAUCCAUAUCUUUAGCAUCUCAGGAUACUGUUUUGCUUUCCUCAUCUGAUGAAAGUCCAUCACACCGUUCCCAACCAUGGCCAAGAAAGUUUGAAAUUCCACUAUUCUCCUUUGGGAUUCGGCUCCUCCUGGAGGCAGGAAACCAAGCUUACCAUUCUGAAGGCACCCUGCUAAACAACCCAAAAGUGACAAGCGGUGUCCUGGAAGAAUUGGCUGAAAAAAUAUUUGAGUACACAGCAUACCCUACGGGAAUUCAAGUUCUGAAUGUAGUCGAGGCCUUAAUUGAGAAGUACCCAUGCCUCAAAGAGCCAGGCUCGUUCAAUGGAAUGUACGGAUGGCAACAAAGGAUAAAGUACAAGAUGGGAAAUUACAGGGCAAAAGUAAGAGGGCUCAAAAUAGCCUGUCCAGAGUUAGAAGUGAACAAAAAGACGACUUCUAGUCCCAAAGGAAUCAGAAGACCCAAAAAGGCGGAAGUAAAUUAUUUGCCACCAUUGCCACUAGGACAGACAAAAGAAACCAUGGAUGAAGAGAGAGUAGAUCUACUUACAGAAGUAAAAAAGACCAACAACGACAAGAUUAUCAGUGAAAAAAUGGAGAAGACCUUUCCAUAUCGACGACUGGAAGUUGUCAGUCAGAUGCCUGCUGUCCCAGAUGUCAUGGAGAGAUGGCCUGCCCUUUUCUCUCAAUCUCAGGUGAAAGAGGAGUUCAAGAGGAUCACAACCAUUCAACUGGACCGAACCUUUUUGUCGAAGAUGGAUUUAUACACUCCAAAACUCCUGACCGUUUUCAAGACAAAGGGUGGGACUGCAGGCACAAAAAUAAAAAGCGUGUUGGAGUCUCUCAGUCAGAAGCAGAUUGAUAGCCAUGAUGCGGUCAUCCGUUGUCUGAUCCCUUUCCUGGGAGAAUCGACAGAGGAACUCAUUAAAGACUACCAGCAGGAUGUGUCCAAGGACGUCAUCGAACAAGACCUCAAAGACAAUGUGAUCAAGAUCCUUGUGCUGGGCAGUGCUGCAGAGGGUGCCCCCCCAACUGAUGUCAUCAUUGUGAUUGAUGGUACAGAGGUAUUAGGUGGUUGUAAAACACUUGCCAACGCUUGCAUGCUGCUCAUGGGCUUUGUGUACUCACUGAAUCUCAGUUAUCCUCCAAAAUUGAAAUACACAUUUGAAGUGUUUCAAAAGUUGCUUUUGGAGUUAGAUGAUUUGAAGGUCUCCCCUAAAGUGGAUUCUCUGAGGAGGAAACUGCUACAUUAAAAGGGAAAUGUGACUAGAGCUCAAGCAGAAGGUGCAAUUGACUUUACUGUGAAGUUUUUCAUAACUGUUCAUAAAAGGCUUUGAGUGAUGCUUCUUGUUCGCUUGAGUGUUUUUGUAAUGACGUCAAUAAUGUACAAAUGGGCCUGUACAGAUUUUUUUUUUUUUUUAAGAAUUUGCAAUCUUUCUUGAUUUUUGAAUUUUAUUGCAGUGUACUAUUGGUCCACUUGGUAAGUUCCCUCUCAGCCUUCACAUCAUUUAUAGGACCCAGAACACUCACCAAAGCUUGCAUUCUUCUCAUGGGCUUUGUCUACUGACUAAAUCUCAAUCGGGAGCAUAACAGAUUUAACGUGUUUUCAAAAGUUCCUUUUGACAUUUAGGUGACUUAUUUGAAAAUUAUCCCCAAAAGUGGGUUUCU